UAUUUUGUUUUUUUUUUUUUUUUUUUUUUACAUUUUAUAAUACGGAAAUUUCGUUUCUCAUAAAAUAACAAACUUCGACGUUAGAAUAUUAUCAAGAAAUAAUAUUCUUUGUUAUCUUUUCUUACGUGUUUACAAAAAAUAUCUAUAAUCCAGUAUCAGUGCACAUCGCUCUUGCGCCUUUGACACUGUUACUACAUGUUUUACUAUCAAAAAUCGUAUAAACCUGUUUUAUACAUGGUACUUAUUCUAUAAACGCCAGUGAUUUAUACAAUGGAGAAAUUUGCAAUCGAUUUAGACAAGGUUCUUGAUGACUUCGAAUUUAAUGAAGAUUGUGCAGAGCAAAUAGCGUCUGUAACUUCUCCAAUAACUAACGCUACAUUGCCUGUAGAUAGGUGUGGUAUAGAAUCGACAUCUACAAACGUAACUACUGUUGACAGUGGCAGAUUAAUUCAAGAAUUCGAAGUAUUGUCAUUUGGAAAGCAUGAGAACAGCUCUAAUGUUAUUACAGAAAGUAAGUCUUCGCUUGACAAAAACAUAAUCUUGCCGCAAAAUAAUUAUCAUAAAGAUGAUUCGGCACGAAAAUGUACAGACUCCAUAAAUCAUUUUCAUGCAGAAAAUUCUACCAGUGACCAUAAAGUUACACAAAAGCAAUGUAUAUAUCAUCAAGAUCCUGAACCUAUUUCUAUUACAAUUUAUAAUAACACAUCUCAGACGUUAUUGACAAAACAACAAAAUAGUAAUAACAACCAGCAACUUCAAAAUAGAUACGAUAAAAAAUUAAAUCAACCAAAUAUAAAGCCUACUGUUAGCAAUGUGUUAAAUAGUUUAAAUGAAUAUAUAAAUGCGCCAACGAUAAGUUUGGAUUAUGUAGACGGUAUGUUGGAUAAACAAGAGAUUAGGCCUAAAAAACAACCUGAUAUGGUUAAUGAGGAAGAAGUUAUAUCUAGUACAAGUACAGAGAUCAUUGAUCAUAAUUUAACUACAAUUACAACAGAUAAAAGUAAAAUAGUUGAAGAAAUAUGCAAUGAUGUGGAACAAAAUGUUCUAUCAUUGAAUCAGGAUGUAAUAGAAAAUACAAAUCAAUUUGUUAAUGCAGAUACGUUGCAAUCUUCAAAAUUACAUGUAGAGAGUAAUAAACAGGAUCUUAAAAAUAUUGAAUACAAAAGCGAAGAAGUAGAUAAUAAUGAAGAUAUUGAUUCUGAUAAACAAGAAAAAAUUAUUCAACCCAAUACAGAAGAUAUUCAAUAUGAGCAUAUACAUGUAUUUGAAGAUAAAAAAAUUAAUGAUAAUACUUCAGAAGAUGUAUUAGAGUCGGAUACUGCAUGUAAAAUAACAGAUGAAUUGUAUACAACUAAAAUUUUAGAAGCUGAAGCAAUAAAUAUUUCUAAUGGGAUAACUUCUGAGAAGGUAAAUGAAUCUCAUAUUGAUGGAAACACAUUGCCAUCAAAUUCUCAUGAAACUACGAAUGUUGCAUAUUCUGCACAAAAGCCAGUUGGAUUUAAUAAUAUGAAUGAUUUAUCAGAAGAAGAGUUAAGUAAAUAUUUAGAAACAUUAGAAAUAGAAGAAAAAUUAACGGAAAAUAAUAGAAAACUACCAAAAAAAGCAGUGCAUGUUUUGUUUUAUGAAACAUACAAUAAUACUGCUGAAAAUAAUAUAAGUAACAAUACAUUUUCUUAUGAAGAGUCUAAAGACGAUAAAAAAAGUCAUGUAACAACUAAUAAAAUUGACAAUAGCCAAAUUUUAGAAAAAGAAUUUAAAACAAAAACUGAAGAAUGUUCUGAAAAAAGUUCUGUGAAUAAACAUGAUCAAGACAUAGUAAGAGAAAAAGUAUCUGAUAAUAUUUUACAAGAUGAAAGAUAUAUGAAAAAGUCUAAUAAUUUUACAACCAUUAUUCCUGUAAAUAAAGAAGAACACAUACAAACAAAAAGUGAUAAUAACAUAAUUGUUAAAGACAUGGAAAAUUCUGUAGAUAAUGUAGAAUAUGUUAAAGAUACAGAGACAAAAAAUCAACCUACAAAUGAAGCACAAAGUUGGGCAUCUUCUGAAGAUAAACACGUGCUUAAAAUUGGAAAUAAUGAAUCUGAUCAAUCAGAAGAAAUUUUACAACCUGUUAAAACUAAUGUUUGUACAAUGCAAAAUAAUAAAGAUAUAGUUUCAUCUUCAGAACAAAAUAAUAAUCAAAUUAGUGAAUUACAAAUACUUGGUAAUACUAGUUAUGAUACCAAAGACAAAAGUCAUAAGUUACAAGAUAAUAAAACUUUAAAUGAUGUUGUUAAUUUAUGUACUGAUAUACAACCAAAAAGUACAGAUGUAUGUGCAGAAAAUAAUUCAGAACAUAAUGAAAAUACAGAAGGAGGAAAUAAAGCAGUUCGUCCACAAACUUUAGAUAUCGCUUUAACAGUUAGUAUGAAUGACCAUCAUACAUCAGGUUCUCCUAGUAACACUUCCAGGCAGCAAGGUACAUCAGAAAAUGAAGGUAAUGGUACUAACAGCCGAGAAACAGUGGUUGAUCUCUCAGAAAGUACUUUAGCAGAGUCUGUUAAAAUACUUGGAAAACAACCACCCUUCUGGAUUCCCGAUAGUGAUGCUUCUAGUUGUAUGUUAUGCGAUUUAAAAUUUACUGUCCUUAAGCGACGCCAUCAUUGCCGUGCUUGUGGAAAGGUGCUCUGUAGCAAGUGUUGUAAUAUGAAAUACAAAUUGGAAUAUCAAGGUAAUAUUCAUUCAAGAGUCUGCGUUGCCUGUUAUCAGCUUCUAAUGAAAGCUGAAAAUCAACACGAAGCAAAUAAUUGGCCUACAAACUGUGUAAGCUAUGGUAACAAUGGUGAAGUUAACUCUCCUCAAGGAAGACCACCUAAUCCAAAUAAUCCUAUGGAAUAUUGUUCAACUAUACCACCUUUACAGCAACUAGCAGGUGGAUUGCCGCCGCCACCACCAACAGUAAUGGUGCCUGUUGGUGUUCUUAAAAGGGAGGGUAGUACAAAGCAGCGUUCAGAAGGAUCUAAGUCUGUCAUGUUUAGUGAUGGAAUAAGGCCUGGAUGUGACCUGACAGAACUAGAUUCAUCUUGGGAUUUAAAACCACCUUAUCGGAAAACAGGAAACAAGCGAGUAUCUGCUUCUGAUUCAUCUUCAAUAUCCGGUGGAAGUAAAAAACAAAAUCUAUUGCCUUUGGACCCCAAUACAAACAGUUACAUACCACAAGAUCCUAAUAUGCUACCACCAACAGUCACCAUACAUAAAGGCCAAAUUUCUUAUCAUAACGUGACCGACCAAGAUCUUCUUUACAGAACAUUAAAAAAUGAAUGUGAACCACCAGUAAUGUUUGCAAUUAACAAAAAUCUUUAUGCAUAUGUUAAAAUAACAAAUUUAAGUUGCUGUGUAAACAGAAUAUGUUGGAAUGUUACUUCAAAAGGAUUGGCCUGUGUUGGUCAAGAUGAAAUUAUAUUAUUAUUAGAAACUUUACCAGAUGAAACUCAAAUACCAAAAGAUCUUCUUAUGUAUAUUAAUCAUAUAUACGUAGAAGCAACAAAAGGUAAUACGAUGACAGAGCUUUCUGUCUCAAUACAUCAGGGAGGCAAUCUUUUGGGCUCUCGUGAACAUGCAGGAUUUUUAUUUAUUCGACAAACCUUACAAUGUUUACAAAAAAUUGUUUUACCACCAGCACCUUUUCUAGUAGGCCUUUUAAUUCAUAGAUGGGAGACUCCAUGGGCAAAAGUAUUUCCGUUACGUCUUGUAUUACGUCUUGGUGCUGAAUAUCGUUAUUAUCCUUGCCCGCUAGUCUCCGUUAGAUUUCGAGAUGCACUUUAUUUCGAAAUUGGACAUACAGUUAUGAAAGUGUUGGCGGAUUUUAGAAACUUUGGAUACACGUUACCGGGUGUCAGAGGACUAACGAUUCAUUUGAAAAAUAGAACAACAGAUGUUAUGUUUCCUAGAAAUAGAUACGAUCAAGUUAUAAAGGGUCUAAAUAAUUCUAAUGAUCAUGUUUUGGCAUUUGCCUCGAAUUUUAGUAUUACUGCUGAUUCACAUUUAGUGUGUAUACAAACAAAUACAGGAGAUGAAAGCAGUUACCAAACACAGGCUAUUAAUAUUCAAAAUAAACCAAGGACAGUAACUGGAGCAAGUUUUAUAGUCAUUAAUGGUGCAUUAAAAUCAUCAAUGGGAUUGUCUGCUAAGUCGAGUAUAGUAGAAGAUGGUUUAAUGGUAGAAAUAAUGCCAGAAAAAAUGGAAGCUUUAAAAGCAGCUCUUAAGAAUAUGCAUGAUUUUUCAAUUGGCUGUGGACGUCAAGGUGCAGCAGAACCAGAUGAAACUGUAAAUAUAAAAUGGGUAGAGAAUGAUGUGCAAUUUAAUUUAGGAGUUAAAAGUCCUAUCGAUGGACAAUUAAUGGAUGGAGUACCUUCUAUCAGAGUUCAUAAUGCUACAGAUUAUAGAGGAACCAGUCGAUUUAUUCGUUGGACAGAGGUCUUCAUUAUUAAAUCAGACGAUCAUCCAAAUGGUGUUCACGAUCCUAUGGACAUAAAUAAAUUAUCAGAGAGUAUAGCAAGGGCCACAUGUGCAGCUUUAGUUAAACUUUUAGAUCUUCUAGCAACUGCAGGACUUACAAAAAUUGGUGUUAGGACUACUAUUCAUCCAGAUAAUGUUGGAUAUGAAGCUGGUAGUGAAGGUGCAAAGUUACCACCUAUCUAUAUGAACAGUCUUGAUAAUGAAUUAAUACAAAUUCUACAUAAAGCUGCACAAAGCAGUCAAGAUACCCAUACUGUGCUUGAAUUAAUAUUCUAUGUGCUUGAUGAGUAAAAACAAUUAUGUACAUAUAUUAUGACAUCUAGAUAAUUAUAGUUGAAUAAUGUGGCACUAUGAAAGAUCACACACAUAUGACAUUUUUUCAAUUUAUAUUAAUUGAUUAAUUGUAACAUAGAAAAUUCGGACAUUUAUUCGAAUGUUGGAUUACUAUUUUCUAUAUAAUCAUGAAACAGUAAUAGAAAUGUUCAGCACUGUAAUAUAUCUUCUUUUAUCGCUGACUGUUUUAUCUUAUAAAUGUAUUAAUAAUCAUUGUUAUGUUAAUAAUAUUGUGCUUAAAAAAUCUC